UUUAGUUUUUUAACAAGGAAUUGUGUCUAAAACAUAAAUUGUUGUUAAAAUGACCGAGCAGUGUUGCAGGUGUAAUUUACCGAAGGAAACUCCGAAGGUUCUUCCAGGAUCAGCAUCAUUUCGCUAUAUAUGCCGACUCUGCCUGAUGCGUGCCGAAGAUGUAGAGCCUAUAUUUAUACAUCCUGGUGACAGAACGCUGGCCAACAAAAUUUUGGCUUGUACUGGCGUAGAGAUAGACGAAAAUGCCGCUGUAGGACCGAGCGCAAUCUGCAUAUCUUGCAAAACAUCGGUGUAUAAAAGUUAUCAGUUUUUAGAAUUAUGCCAACGUAAUAAUAAAAUUAUUCAAAAUUUACUUGCUAGCCAUGACACAAAAAAUAGUACACCAAGAAAUGAAUUGCGGAUGGUCAUUCGCCCUAUACCAUCAGCAGUCAGUCAACCUAUUCCCGAAAACCAAAGAAAGCGCACACUGUCCCGCCGACAAUCGACACGAAGUUAUAUUGAAUCGUCGACCAGUGCCAGUGAUAUCACCUGGAGUGAUUGCGAUGACGAAGAGAAUGAACAACAGGGUUUCGAUGACGACGGACAAAUUCGUUAUCGACAAGUGGCAUACGACACGGAUACUCAAGAGGAAUCGCCCAAACGACCACGUUUAGGAGAUAGUGAAAAUAGAGUUCCAGCGUUAGUGAUUCCGAUGACUCGUCUGAAUGGUUUUAGAGAUAGCUCACAAAGUUAUGGACGGGAUUCACGAAAUUCCACCAUUGAUCAGACGGGAGAGAAUGAUUUAUUUCAAUGUGAAUUUUGCGACGGGUCGUUUCCUUAUCGCAUUCAAAUCAAACAACAUAUAGAUCUCUACCAUGCCAAUCGCAAAAAUGAAUUGGCUUGCAAAUUUUGUUCAAAAACCUAUUUUACAACCGACACCUUGCGGCGACACACAGCGGAGAAGCAUGCUUCAACUAUUUUGAGGGAGUGCAAACUUUGCAAUAGAAGCUUUACUUCUGCCCAAGGCCUCCAUCAACAUUAUCGGUCACUGAUUCAUCGCGCCGCCACCGGUGAAGCCGUAUAUCCCCGAAGGCGUCAUUCAUAUCGUAGUGAUUCCAGUCGACGAGAUUCUAUUUGUUCCUACGUAAGCGAUAAUAAUUAUAAACUUGGCGAAAGCCGUACAAGUCGCAAGUCUUAUUCACACUACAUGGAUCAAGAUGAUUACAAUCCAUACGCUGAUGUUUACUACGAUGAAGUAACUACAUACAAAUGCGACUAUUGUGAUGCUCGGUUCGAUGAUGCGCACAGCUUAGCAAAACACACCGCUGUGAAACCGUGUCGAGUAGAACUAGAACCACUAAAUUUAGAUUUAUUAUUGGAGAGAAUGGAUCUUGACGAGCUAUUGCAGCCACUGAACAAUAUCGAUGAUGUGGCAAUAAUUGAACCACCUAUUGAAAUAGUUGACCUUACAUAGCAUACCGCAAAAGACACCUGCAAAAAUGCGAUGCCAAUUAUCUUACGCAUUCAGUUUACCAAAAAUAUGUAACGCUGUAAUC